AAAUAUGGCAACGCACGUAACUGUUGUUAUGCUCUAAAGAUUUCAGUAUGAGACAGGCACCUAGACAGCUCUUUCUGAGACAUAUGCAAGUUUGUUUUUAUAAAAUCGAUGUAAUUCUUUCAGCAUUUAAAGUAGUUCUUUGAAGUGAGCUCCCUGAACACAAGGUUCGUUUGUGAAGGACUGGCAGGUGUCUCAUUACACACGCACGCACAGACACCGGGAGCUGCUUCCUUUCCCCAGCAUACCUGAUAUCUGUGCUCCAUGCAAGACCCCCCUUCAGCUUUCUCUGGCAAACUCCAGGAUGAUGCUGUCUGUGGAAACUGUUAAAAACAAAAACAUACGCACCUUUGUGGUGAUCUGGUUUGGAUAUUUUGUUUUGAAAGCUUUUUAAGGCCUGUUUUAGCAAAGGUCUCUGCCCAUGGGCACUCGAUAAAAUACAAUGCAAUAUGAAGGCUGGUGUUGCCCAUCUAACCUUGUCACCUGUUCAGUUACCAGUUUGUUGUAUUUCUCUUAAAUAUAUUACUGCAGAAGUAUGAUUUCACAGCCUCUGCCAGAUACAAAAUAACAGAUUCUGUGUGGCAUUUGGAAAGGAGACAGCUCCUCACACCAAAGCUGUGGUGGUGAGUGCUGCAGCCCCAUUCCUCCCAGGAAUGCUCUUAAAAUCCUUCUGUUUCCUUCUCUGUUGCUUGACUUCCUCCUUCCUCUUUUCCAAGGCAGUUGCUGCUGUUCUCAUGGUGAUGAUACUUAGUGCUGUGUUUGCCUUCUGGCACAGCGUCUCCAAGAAGGUAGUUGUGUUCUGAAUCCGUGGGCAUCCACAAGCAGUAUCACCUAAGCUGUGCUGUCUCGAGAAGAAUGGACCCCUGGGAACGUACAAAAGUUUGUCACAAGAGUUUGUUGCAUUGGGUGACACAAACUUGGAGCUCUCAUGAGGGUAGUUUAAUGAUGGGAUAAUAACAAGGAAAAGACACAUGAUAGGUAAUAAUAUAAAAGGCCUUUUGGCCAUAUUUUAUAAUGGCCCGCACACUUAGCUUGCUUUACCUGCUGAGUUUUCACAGAAAAUGCUUUAAGAGAAGGGAAUAAUGUAAUUUUUUCCCCAAGACUAAGACUUGUUAGGUAUCUGUGAUACAGUGAUGUAUCUAAAAGUCCCAUACCAAUAUUUUGUUUCCUGGCAUAAAAAAUCUCCAUAAUCACAGAAGAGAUACUUGUUAAGAUCAGGAUUUGAAAAACACAAAGAAUGAAGACCUCAAAAGGAUUCUUUUUUUCUUUAAUUGACAUCCAGAAAAUGUAGGAACAUCUCGAAAACAGCUUUAGCCACUUUCAAGUACCUGUGGGAAAGUAAAACAAGUUUCCUUGAGUCUGAGUUUUACAGAAAGCUUCUUCUUUCAUAUUGGAGACAGUGUUCCUCUGAGUGAUGGCACCAGAAAGAUGCAGAGGGCCAGCAAGGAAAUAUUGAACAUAUAAGAUAUGCAAGAUUGAUUUUAUUAACACUGUGCACAUAUCUUGGAGAGUGAAGGAGCCCCUAUAUCCUUGUUGUAAUAUCUCAUCCUAAUCACAGUGGCUCUGCUUUAGCUGUCUUUGUGGAGCAAACGGAGAAGGAAAACUGCUUCGACUUCAUCUAUCCCAAUCCUGGAAAAUGUGCUGGUGCACUUCCAAAAUAAAGUCCAACCAAGGGCCACCCGAGGGUAAGACCCUGUUCAAUUACAAAAUAAUCCUUAGGCUGGAACCCACAGAAGAAUGCAUAUUGCAUCUCCCACCAUGGCUAAAGGAACUCGAGACACUUGGUAAAGCUCAUUUCUGGGCCCAUAAGCAAAAAAAAAAAAAAAUCAAACUCUAAGAUAAAACAAUUAGACAAUGCCUCUCACCUGUUUUUGGCUAUGGAACACAUUAGUCUGGAAUGAAAGCAAUAACAUUUUUCCAAAUUCAAUGUCCAAACCAUCAGAUAACUGGAACUUCUGGGCUUCUUCCCUUGUGAGAUAGCAUGCAAGUUAAAUCUGAAAUGCCUGUAUUUUAUAUAGACCACCUUUAAAAUGCAAACAUGUAUAAAAAUGCUAUGAUGUACAAAACUCUUAGACAGCUAUCCUUAUGCUAUGCAUCAAUUCCAGAAACACCUGGAAAUCCCUUGGAAAGUUUGAUGUAAUUACAUCUGACUGUAAAUAUUUGACUGUUUUAAUAUACUCAGGUGACCUAAAUAACAUUGCGCAGAAAAAAAUGAAUUUAAAGUAAUUAAGAAAGAGUAUUUGUCUCAAGAUCAGUUUUCUCUGCUCUGAAAAGUCCUGUAUGCCUUGUUCUACAGCCAUAAUCUUUGUAUUUCCACCUUGUAAAUACUCCGUGGUAAAUUGCAAUGGAAGCUCGGCUUGGCUCAAGUUCUCCUGGUUCUGUGGCACUGCUUCUUGGUUAAGGAAAUGGAUUUCAUUCUCACUUUCUGUCAUUCUAUGCUUUAAUUUACAGAUUUAUAUGUCCUCUGCUAGUUUAAUGGUGACUUUUCUUCAACGUGAAUUUCUGUCAUGCUCAAACAACAGAUUUACAGACACAAGGGAUAUGUCCUUUAAAAUGUCUCAGCCAAACACUCUUUCAAGAGGUGUAAAUGAAGAUGAUGGAAAAUCCUGUCAGCAAUUCAAAUGAGGUUUGCUUGAACUGAUUUGCUCCUUUCCUCUGGUGUUGUGCCAAGUUGUGUGAGCAUGGCCUGAAGCUGCCCUUCCUAGACUGGCUGGCAUUGACUCGUAUUAGCUGCCUUCAUGUGCUUUAGAUGGGAGUUCCUGUGCCUGGAGCCUGAUGGUGUUGCAGAUCCAAGUCACCAUGCUGCUGAUGUCCUGGGUACUGAAAGGCACUCCUGAGGUAAGAUUCAUCUCAGGCUCAUGAGCCUAUGAGAACUUAACUGGUUGAUCUUUGAUCCACAAAAGGAUUCAAGACUGCUUAUGAAACAUUUAUGUCUUCUUUAUCUGGUGUAAACUGUGGCUUGCACAGAAUUGUUCCCUUUCCCAUUAGGAUGUCCCAGUAUCUAAGUGAAAGCCCUGGCCGUAGGUGCAUGGUCAUCUCACUUAGUCAAUGGUUAUUUCAUUCAGCUGCAAGUGAACUUUGUAAGUUUGCCUGGAGCUGAGCUGUUGAAAGAGGGCUGCCAAUAGCCAUUCCUCAUGGUGUGGAGCUAACUAUAGUAAGAAAUUAAGUCAAACAAUGCAAAAGUUUUUCAACCAAGAGGGUCAUUAAACCAUCUGUUACUUAUUAUUUGACAUUCACAUGCAGUUCUUGGGAAAUUUCAGGAGAGAUCCUUGGCUAAGAGGUAUCAGAAUGUUGGAAGUCAGGUUUUUCUCAUACUAAUUCAGUACAGAGUUUCAUCCUGCCUGAGAGCAAUUUCAAACAUGUGACACAUUUCUCAAGUUGCCUGUCUUAUCACUAGAGUGUAACAUGGUCUGUGAUAAAAGGUGACACAACUAUGAAAGUCAUUCUUGCUCAGUUGUCUAUAUCAGACUACAAGGGCUGGGGCUUUGAUGCCUAGCCAAGUAAUUGUCUGGGAAGGGGAAAUAAAUUCCAUUAACUCUCAUCUUUCUUACCCUUGUCUGUCAAGAAAAAUUCAGCUGCUUAUGGUUUUUAUCACUUAGCCACUCCUACUUUGCUAUAUUCCUUUUGUGGAAGUGUUAACAAAGCAGUUAAGAUGAUACCUAACUGUCUGGGGGAAAGAAAGGAGAGAGAGAAAUAGUCCAAGUGACAAAACAGCAUGUUUUUUAUUUAGGGUAGAGCACAUUCCAGAGACAAAAGCAGGGUGCCAGUCCCUUAAUAGAGUUGCAGCUGGUUUCAAGCAUUAUUUGAUUUAUCAGUGUGUGUACAGACACACAAACAUACAUAUUUUGCUACUGCAAAAUCCUUUCUCUUGAAUACUUGUCAUUUUGGCUUGACAGAAGUAAAAAUUGAUUCAUUCCCAGUUGCUUCUAUUUGGAAGGUCAGUUUCUUCAGGACUUUCAGUCCAUUUCCAGAGAGGGGAGGGUAACAAAAUCUAGGUAAAAAAGAGAUUUAAUUUCUGUGUAUCUUUAAAAAAAAACCAAUAAAAUAAACUGAGAAAUCUCUGUAAUUCUUACUAAUAUGGAAGAUUUAAAAAUUAUGAAUCUUGAAUUCUGCAAAGUUAAGUAAUUUAAUUACUUUCUGACAUCUGUGUAGUAUUUCUACCUGUUAGUGAGCCAGUCCACUGUGGGACAACAAAGAUAACAUUUCUAUAACACAAGGCAGCAAAAAUACCCAGCCAAGCACAGUACUUCAGAAUAUGAACCAUUGUAAGAGAAUAAAAAAGAAUAUAUUCUGGAAGAUAAGUUGAAGGAUAAUCCAUUAUUAGCAGUGCACUUUUCAGUAGCCUGUGUAGGAGAAUCCAAGUUCUGCAUUUCUUGCAGGUGGAAUGGUCUGUUAUAGAUCUUGCUGUCAUUAUUCCCCCUUUUCUUUCUUGGUCCAUAGGGACAUGCAUGUACCUCAUGACUGAAGAGCAGGAAGGAUGUGACAGACAGGGAAGUGACUCAUGAACAAGGGUGUUGCAGAGCUGCUGCUGCAGCAGAGGGCGCUGAGCCAAUGGACACCGCCCGACUGGUUCUCUUCCUCCCUGCUCUGGAUUUUCCCGUCCAGGGAUUUCCCACUCUGCCCCAAGGAGAGAGAGCCUUUAUAAAGAGCCAGCUGGAACUCUUGUAACAAACCGUUGCAGAGCAGCAAGAUCUCACUGUGCUUCUUCACAGAAAACAGAAAGCAAACUUUUGAAUUUACUUUCUUUAUCCAGCAACAGCAAUUGCAAAUGUUAAAGGAGAUGGGAAGAGCAAGCCAAGCUGUGCUAUUAAUUUUGUGCGUGUUAAGGACUGUUAAAGCUUUUGAAAUGGAAAUUAUACCUGCUGAGAGAAUUGUGGCACAGAUUGGAGGCACACUCAUACUCACAUGCAAUACCACUGGCUGUGCAUCACCAAGUUUUUCCUGGAGAACCCAGAUGGACAGCCCCCUUGGAGGAAAAGUCAGCAACCACAGGACAUAUUCUACAUUGACUAUGAAUCCAGUUGGUGUUGUGAAUUCUCAUUCUUAUCUUUGUACUGUCAUAUGUGGUGAGAGAGGGAAAAAGGAGAAGAGUGUCAAAGUUGAACUUUACUCUUUCCCCAGUGAUCCUAUCAUUGACAUCAGCCCAUCCUUAGUUGCUGGAGAACCAGCCCCUGUCAUCUGUAAAAUUCCUGAUGUAUAUCCUUCUCAUCACCUGGAAGUUCUCCUAAAGAAAGAUGGACAGGUUCUUCAUGAGGAAUAUUUUUUGUACGAUGACAGCACAAAUACAGAGACCAAAACUGUGACAUAUACAUUUCAUCCCAUGGCUGAAGAUGCUGGGAAAGAGAUUACCUGUGUGGCCAGGUUACCAAUUGCUGAUAUGGAUUUUGAACCCAAAGAAAGAACAUCUUCUCAGAAACUUAAUGUAAAUUUUGGUCCACAAAAUACUGUCAUUACUGCAUCUCCAAGCAACUCACCAAUGGCAGGAGACUCUCUGAACCUCACUUGUGUGACUCAGAGUAACCCACCAGCACAAAUAGUUUGGAGUAAAUAUUUGGCUGAAGAAAGCAUUCAACAUGUGAUAAAAAACAAUGUUCUUUCUAUUUCCCGUGUCCAUUUCAAUGAUUCAGGACGGUACAUCUGUGAAGCAAUUAAUCUGGUAACUAAUAAAACAGAGGAAGCAACUGUGAACAUUGUUAUACAAGGUGCUCCAGUCAUUACAAAACUCUCCAUUGAACCUUCUACAACAGUUCAGGAAGGGCAAAAUGUCUCCAUACAAUGUUCUGCUGAAAGCAACCCUCCUCCCAAGAUAAUUCUAAGGAGAAAAUCUGACAAUGCAGACAUAGGGACUUCUAGUGCCAGAAGUAUUUUUCUUCCAUCUGUGAUGUUCCAAAAUGGAGGAGACUAUGAAUGUGUAGCAGAAAAUAAGUAUGGGAACAGUAAAAGUGAAAUCACACUUAAUGUGAAAUAUGGACCAAAGAAUACAGUGAUCACUGUUUUCCCUGCUGCUCUUAAAGAAGGGGAAACUGUGACAAUGAAAUGUACUAGUUCUGGUAAUCCAGCUCCUGUGAUCUCCUGGAAGAAAAAGAAGGCCACCGGGGAGUUUGAGAAAAUUUCUAAAAAUGCAACUAUAACUAUACAGAACUUGAAAAGUCAAGAUCUGGGGCUUUAUGAAUGUGAAGCUUAUAAUCAAUAUGGCAAGGAAGAAAAAGCUGUGGAAUUAUAUGUUCAAGCAAGAUUGGAAGAACCAGAUCAGAUGAUCCCAUUCAUUAUUGCAUUCUCAUCUGUAGCAGCAGUAGCAGUUCCUGCAGCUGCCAUUUUGAUCUACGUGUCAAGACAAGCAAAGAUCAAUGGAUCCUACAGUCUUGUAAAAGCACUCAGGUUGAAAGUUUGAUUAUGUGAAUAUAAGUGUUUAGUUGAUAAUAAGCACUUUUAUUUAUUGCUGUGACUGGUUCUACUCUUCUGUAACAUAUGGUAACACACAAGUGACUUAAGAACAGCACCAUGUGAUAGCAAAUGGGCUUAUUUUCAUGUUCUCAUAAGUGUUUUGGUAUUUAAAUUAAAGGAAGAGCUAGAAUCCUGACCUAGAAAUUGGUAAAUCAUUUCUGUGUUGAAGCAUUCUGAAAAAAGGGUUCUGUGAAGAACUAGGUUUGUACAUAGUGUAUAAUUUGUGUUAUAAAUAUGUUCAACUAAAUAUCAGUUUGUAAAACUGAAGUCUUAUUGCAACUGUACAGAGAAAUUUUGUUAAUUCAAAGAUAUAAAUCAAUAUUGCUUGAGCUGAUCAGGUGAUUUUUAUUUUGUAUUACUCUGCAGCAUGAAUGUUUUUUAAUAUAAUUUGUCUGGUUGUGGUAAUGUUUGGAUAAUAUUCUCUUUUCACUGAUAUUGCCGUAAACUCUAUACCUUCAAUGAAGUUACACAAUCACUGGGCUAUGCAUUUCUAACAAAUUUAAACUAAUUUAAGCCUUUGAGGUUCAUUUGCAAAACAUUUUAUUUUAAAUAUUAUUCAAAAAAUGUCUGGGGUUAUAAUCCUGUAAGUUCUAGCACUGCUAAGGUUUUCUUGCUGGCUUUAAUCAUUCUCAGUCAAUGUCAGAAUUCCGUUAUUUUGUGAUGAGCCAAAUCAGACCUUUCUUGUAAAAUAUAAGGGCAUUGUAAAUAUGCUUAACAGAUUUCCACUGCAAAAUAAAACUACCAGUAGAUUUCUUUGACUAAAUCCCCCUAGUGAUGCUUGUUUAAGAUUAUGCCAGAACACACAUUACUGUGGAAGGAAAUUGUCCCUGGCAGCAGCAGUUGUGGAUGUCAUGGGAAAGACAAACAAGGCCGGAAGCCUCGAGGCAUAGGAAGGGGCACAGGCAAAAUCUGUGCACCUCAGCAAUGGUGGGUGAGUUGUUGCCUGAAGAAAUGCCCUUCCCAAGCUCCUCACUGUGAAAAUCUAAACCACAUGCUUGACAAUUUCCCUUUUAACAGAGAACUGUCUGCAUGCUUCACUCUGGUUGGCGCCUCUUUCACCACACACUUUCCAGAGCGGGCAAAAUGGCUGUGAAAAUAGUGAACUUCCAGUGCAGAGGCAAAGAUGGAGGGAAGGAGAGGUGGAAUUUGAUAGUAUUCCUCCUUACCUCCCUUCUCCUGACUAGCAGUGCUGCUUUGACUGAUCUGGGUGCUGAUGUUCAGCACCAAAGGCAAAGCUGUGGGAGGUGCAGGCUCUGUGGCUGAGAUGUUGAAAUGCAUCCUGAUGCACUAUGGCCUGAUCCACUGUGCUAGGCAAGGAAGGUCUGGGGACCUGGCCCCUCCAAACUUGCACACAAGAAGCUCAAGCAGAGAUAAGUGAAAAGAAUAUGUCUACAUUAUACACAUGGUGACAACUGCUGCCAACAGCAAUGCAAAUGUGGGUGCUGGCUCGGGCAUGUGGCAGUGGUGCACAUCUCCCAUGUUUUUUCAUAGUGUGUUCAGCAGUGUUUUGUGCACAGAAAAUCAGUUCAUGCAGGAUGUCUACCUAGAUUGGAAAGGGAGGCUUGGAAAGUGGGGGUGUAGCAGAAAAAUGGGAGAGCAGUGUGGACUUGGCUUGGAGGAAUGUGAGCAUGCAGUGGGAGGGUGAAGAAAAGAUUGAAGACAGAGGAGGAGGAGAGCUUUGACAGGCCCAUGACAUAAAUUUCUUGGAGGUGGUGCCAGGCAUAUUUAUUCAGAAUAAUGUCAGGCCUGUCUCAGUGCUGUCUUGUGAAUAAACCAGAAAGCAUGAUUUUUUUCCUCUGUGCAAAACUUUGGUACACACACAUUUUGCCUAAUCAGUGAGGUUCUGGUGUCUGUAUUGCAGGAAGGAUAGCUAGGAAAGAGAGAGAGAAGAAGGACUGGAAAACAGGGCAAAUAAAAAUGCCUGGGACUUUCCAGUUUGGAGAGAGAAUGCUGAAGGAGGAGGCGUUCUGAUUGAUGUUUUCCAAAUUGUGAAAGCAGUUGAUAGCAAACAACAGAUGCAAAACUAUUUGCUAAAUCAUGCAAUUCCGGAACUACAGGAUAUGCACGCUAAGGAGAAAGUGUUUCAACAAAAAUAAUAGAACAGUAUUUUUUCCCAGGGUGAAUGUCAAUCUACUGGAAGCUGCUGCAGAAGGGUCAGGGGGAUAACAGUAUCAAUUGGUUCAAAAGCAGAAUGGAAAAAAUAAUGGGCUAAAGGCCCAUAAAAAACCCAAAAGAGAGUGGACAGAAAUGUACUGUACAACGCCCCUUAUUCAGUGGCCAUUGAUGCUGGGCAAUCCUAAGGAUACAUACCAGAGAAAGGGGCCAGUGUAUGACAUCCUGAAAUAGUGUCUUUCACUGCUGUAGGAUCCUGGGGUGGGUGGGUUACUGGUGAGACCCACCAAGGUAUGCCUUGCCUUCUUACUCCUACUCUGAGCAGCCUUGGGCCAGACCUUGCAGAAGGGGCAUAAAAGUUCCUGUGCUGUUUUUCCCCCUCCUGUGAACUGAAAAGAUGAAAGAUGGGUGGGAGAGAAAUUGGAGCCAUCUUGCAACAGUGCUUUAGUGCUUGAGUAGUCUUUACUGGAAAUUCCUCCUCUAGUUUCCAGUAUUCUUUCAGCUGUUGGUUUUGUCAGUAUUUCUGAUACAGAUAUGUCCUCGUGGCUUGUCUGCCCUCUCAGGACCUCAAUUGUGGUAAAAUUGAGGUACUAAGUGACUUAAGUCAAUAGAAGUUGCCCCUGGAUUUCAACAGGGCCAGCUUUCCUCCCAGAAACGUUAAGUGAAUAGAAAGAAUUUCUAGUGUCCAUUUUAGGAGAGGUUGCUCUUGUGUUGGCAGUGAGUUCCUAGCAGUGAAAUCACAAAGAAGGGUCUUGCCAGGGGAUUUCCUGUCCUGCUGUCUCGGUGUUUUCCAGGGAACUUAAUGCUAUCAGUACAAGCUUGUCUUAUGAAGGUUUAAAGUUCACAGUCAAAUAACUUCUCUUUUUAUUUAAAACUACAGAAGGAAUAUUGCUUCUCCUUACACAGUUUCUCAUCAAGCGACUUGCAGAGCCUCUGCCCUGGCAAAAAGCCAUGAACAGCAGCUCCAGCCCAGCAAGACUAGGGCUGGAGGUCUAGGUAAGAAUCCCUGUCACAGGGCCUGCCUUUAUGAUCAAGAAAGUGGUCUGUAAAGCAAAGAGCUGACAGAUCCUCUCAGGUUUUCUCUAUAAAGUCACUUCACAAGUUAUAGAUUUGCAUUUUUCCCCUGUCUGAUCUUUGCUCAAGCAUAGCUUUGUCUUUUCCUCUUCAGGAGUUUAGCCCAAAAAUACCACUGGGCAAUACUUGUAUGAGUCUGGAUUUUAAAGAGUGAUUGCAAAUUCUCACUCCCUGAAGUCAGUUCAGGAUAUAUUCUUUCAUGAAAGGCUCAAAGAGGAAAAGAUACAUAUUUUAAAUGUCUCCAAGAAUGCUUUCAAAUAAUUUUUAAAGUAUACUGAGGGGGACAGUUAAUAUCCCAUGAGAGAGGUGCUGUUAUAGGCUGGAGAUAACACUGGUGGCUUGUAUUUGAAGGGGUAGGCUCCUCCUGUUUUCAGGGACUAGCAGGCUGAUCAGGAUAUUUAUUUAAGGCCAAGUGAUGAUCUGGUAUCUAUGAACAGGGCAGGCCAUUCAGCUCCAUGGACUUGCUGCUGUGCUGGACCACAUAACUUCUUUAAGGAGACGUGUUGCCCUGUAAGGGAUCUGAUGUGUAAAUGCCUCACAGAGAGUUUGCGAAUGUCCUUGGUUAUCAGGGGUGCCCUGCCUGUGAUAUAUACAUGGCCUACUUCCUAAUCCAAUUUUUCUGUCCUUUUGCACAGUUCUACCCAAAUGAUCAUUGCAUGCUGUAAUCAAUCUCUUAUUUCUUUGAUAAAAUAAACACAGAGGACUGUUGGAAGCCUACAUUUAUCAGGUCUUUUCUACAGCAGUAAAUAAUCCUUGUAGUUUUUUCUAAAUCCCUUCCAGCACUACACAUAUCUUUUAACAUGAGACAAAAAAACUUUGUCAAACCAACCAGUCUGAAUUUUACCUAGACCAUGCAGUUUAGCAAUCAAAACCUGACAGAAUUUUUGACAUUAUACUCAGUUUGAAGGCCACUUCACAUUUAAGAAAGAAGUGAGAGGAGUGGUUAUAUCAGGGGAACUCACUUUCAUGUUCCCUUGUCUGUUCUGAAGCUCAACAGUUUUUAAGCCUCGCAAUCUUUUGGGAUCCACAUGCUACAUAUCUUGCCACCAAAGUGGUGCAAGUUAUGUUACCAGAAAUAUGGAAAUUCUUGUGAAAAGAGUAAUGUGCUUUGCUGUUAGCUGCCAGGCAUCUCAGCAUAGCAGUGUUUUGUUCCAAGUACCUGGGUACCUGCCAGGUACAAAAGCAGGGGAUCUCCUGCCUGUCCCUCUGCCAUUCUCUCCUGAGGAGUCCUUCUGGUGCUGCUGAAGUGCACAGAACGGCCAAACAUGUGACUGCGAGAUGCAGGGCUGGGAAGUUCCCCUUGUUUAUGAGGUCCUUGGUUCCUCUCAGUGGUUCUGCUAUGUUUAAGGUUCAUUGCAAAUGAAACAAGAGAAACAUUUUUUUGACAGGUUGAAAAUUUACCCUUUGAGGGCACCUAUUACUUUUUGCAAUGCAAAGGAAUUGGGACAUUUAAAUCUGAAGAUUUAAAUCUGGGACAUAUAAAUCUGAAGAUUUAUAUUUUUUCAAAACAAAAAAUUAUAUUUUAUAAAUAGAUGUGAUGGGGGGGUCUGGGACUUGGUGCUUAUGUGACUCAAAGGAGGACAAUAAUUACUUAUUUUUUAAUUGCAGUAAUAAAUGCUAUAUCCAUGUGUUAAAAGAGACAGGAGCAUAUGAAGAAAGUCAAAGUAAGAUCAUUUCACUGUAAUCCUCUUUGCUGUGUGUGAUUGCAAAAACUAAAAUGUUCUGUCCUAAGGCUGCUGGUUUUUUCUCUUAAAUAUUUUUCCUUUCCUUUUGAAUGAGAGGCAGAUAUGGGACAUCUGCUCUCAGCAGCUGAAAGAAAUGGUGGCAUAUGAUGUUCCAACACAGAUGUCAUGUCUUGAACACUCCCACAUACUUCCAACUGUUAUACUUCAUGUUGUUCUUUCAUAUUUAUUGGAGAUUUCCAGUGAUGGAGACUAUCAGUUUUACAGUGAUGUAACUUUGAGACACUGUUACCAGUUGAGCCACAGAGCCUCUUUGCUAGUCAGACCUGGUGGAUUACACUAGAUUUUUACAUUUCCAGGCACUUGGUGUACAGGGCAGCAAACAGCACUUGACCCUUUGGCACACUGCUAACAUGCAGUUAGAGAACUUCAGAGCAUGGGGCUGUGAUAUUUACUUGGCUUUCAACUAAUGUGCUCAAGCAACAAAAUAUUACCACAAAUGGUGCAUUCAUUUGCUUGUUUCAAUAUCAGGAACACAUAUAAAAUAGUGUUAAAACACAAUUGCAUUCAGUUUUCAAAAUGACUUUGAAAAUAUACCUGCCAUUUUUCUGUUGAUUUCCUGUUCAAUUAAAAUUGGAUAUUCUGUCCCUUCAUUUAUAUCCAAGCAUCAAAAUAGUUGAGUGAGAUAAGAAAGCAUGACUCUUCACUGUUGAAUAAUCAUUUAGGCACUCAUAUCUCAAAACCAUGCAGAAAUAAAUAUUUUAGUGAGCUAAUUUAGAUUUUGUAGAUAAGCUCUGGUAAAAAGGAAAGAAAAUUUCCUCCUUACAAAGAAAAUGAAGUUCCAGCACCACACUGUUGUUGAGGCUUUUGUUCUAGUUCAUAAUCACAAUUGUCUUGGUGCUGAUAACAGAGCAGGGAUGGAGCAGAUAGCAAGAUUUUGUUUGUAUUGAUUAAAGAUUAUCUCUUUUGGGAAAUUGUGACAAUGUUGGCAUUAGUCACUUUUCCCAAGUUGCCUGAAGGGAAGUAAAGAGCAGGAACAUGGCAGAAUCAGGCUCUGCUUGCUUCGUCUGACAGCUGAAAGAGUGGUAUAUCUGUAGAAGCAGAUAAAGAAAUUAAAAGAAUGCAGGAGACUGUAUUUCCACAUCUAAAGGUAAUAUGCUAGGCUAAAAUUCUGUGUUCAAAACACAAAUGUACUGAAAUAUCCCUUUUUUUUUUGUAUGUAUAAACUUUUCAUCAGGACUUAAUUCUACCCUCUGUUUUCUGUUUAGUAGUGUCUGUGGUAGCAAGCAGUUGAAGAUUGCACUUUACCUGUAGACUAAAUGUGUGAUUAUUCCUGUUUUCCUCCCUGUCUCUAGCUCACUGUUAAUUCAAUAAAAUGAGAAGCU